AUGUUUGUCACCGUGAUGUUUGGAGCCGGCUGCUGGGAGCUGGUGAAUCCCUGGUGCAGCGUGGUGACCCUCACAGCCCAUCUGAGGCAGAAGGGCCAGGUUCCCCCAGAUGCGACCAUUGCUCUCCUGGCUGAGGAUGGGCACCUGGUGAACCUGGGUGAGGGACUGGAGGAGGGCCCUUCCCCAGCGUACUCCCUGGCCAGCGUCCUGCUGCAGGAGCGUGGGACCUAUGUCCUGGUGCAGAUCAUCAAGGAAGAGGCAGGGGCCCCUACCCGUUAUGAGUCCCUCCUGGAGAACCUGGAUGACUGGUGUCCAGAGCUGGCAGAGGAGCUGCGCUGGCUGUCAGGCCUGCCCCCUGUGGGUGAUGGCUGGAGGAGGCGUGCGGGCACUCGGCGCAGCCACCAGGAGCAAGGACCUCCAUCAAGACCCCGAAGGGUGGGCUCUCUGCAGUCCAGGACCCACUAGCUGGGGCUGGGAGCCAGGUAAGGAGACACGAACCCCUGGGAGGCUGCUCAUACCCAGAAGUGGGACCUCUUUCCAGGACACAGAUGUGUCUGCUGAGAGAUGGACACCAAUGCCAACCUCCCUCAGAGAGGCACGUAUGCCCACAUGAUGGCA